GGCCCUCGGUCUCUCGUUGCUCCGGUUCGGACAUGGCGCUCUCUCUGGGCGAGGUGACGGCGGCUGCCGGUGGCGGCGGCGGCAGCAGCCGUCUGAGGAGGCAGCUGGAGUCAGGGAGCUACGCGGCCGAAGAGUACGUCAAGCAGCUGUCCCAGCAGUCGGACGGGGACCGCGACUUGCAGGAACACCGGCAGCGCAUCCAGGCGCUGAGUGAGGAGACGGCGCAGAGCCUCAAGCGCAACGUCUACCAGAACUACCGACAGUUCAUCGAGACGGCCCGCGAGAUCAGUUACCUGGAGAGCGAAAUGUACCAACUCAGUCAUAUCCUCACCGAGCAAAAGGGCAUCAUGGAAGCCGUCACCCAGGCUUUGCUUCAGCAGGCCAGUGCUGCGGACGACUCGGCCCUGGGGGGCGCCCGGCGAGCUGCAGCCGAUCCUCACACCAACCCCUUCCUUCCCCUUUCAGCCAAAGACUCCUCAGCCAACGAGGAGGGCCGUCACCGAACCCUUACGACUCUCCUAGAGAAAGUGGAGGGCUGCCAAGACCUGCUUCCGGAGAGUCCUGGCAAGUACCUGGUCUACAAUGGGGACUUGGUGGAAUAUGAUGCUGACCACAUGGUUCAUAUCCAGAAAGUGCAUGCUUUCCUUAUGAAUGACUGCCUGCUCGUGGCCACAUGGCUGCCCAACCGGCGUGGGACAUACCGUUAUGAUGCCCUCUACCCACUUGAUGGUCUGGCUGUAGUCAAUGUCAAGGACAACCCACCCAUGAAGGAUAUGUUCAAGUUGCUCAUGUUCCCUGAGAGUCGCAUCUUCCAAGCAGAAAAUGCCAAAAUCAAAAAAGAGUGGCUGGAAGUGCUGGAGGAGACCAAGAGGAACCGUGCUCUCAGUGAGAAACGGAGACUGGAGCAAGAGGUCCCAACAUGGGCUCCUCCCUCAACUCCCCCAGAGCCCACCAAUCCUUUUGAGGAGGAUGAAGAAGAGGAGACAAUGCCAGAGGAAGAAACAGUGGAUCUCUCCCUAGAAUGGAUUCAGGAGCUGCCUGAAGAUCUGGAUGUUUGCAUUGCUCAGAGAGACUUUGAAGGGGCAGUUGACUUGUUAGAUAAGCUGAAUGAGUAUUUGGCAGAUAAACCUGUGACCCAGCUAGUCAGAGAGCUACGAGCAAAAGUGGAUGAAAGAGUCGGGCAACUCACUGAGGUGCUUGUGUUUGAGCUGUCUCCUGAUAGGUCUUUACGGGGCGGGCCCAGAGCUACACGUCGAGCUGUUUCCCAGCUUAUCCGCCUGGGCCAGUCAACAAAGGCAUGUGAACUUUUCCUUAAGAACAGAGAAGCUGCUGUUCACACAGCCAUCCGCCAGCUGCGUAUUGAAGGUGCCACUCUGCUGUACAUUCACAAGCUCUGCCAUGUCUUCUUCACCAGCUUGUUAGAGACUGCAAGGGAGUUUGAGACAGACUUUGCUGGCAACAGUGGGUGCUACUCUGCUUUUGUUGUCUGGGCUCGAUCUGCUAUGAGGAUGUUUGUGGAUGCAUUUAGUAAGCAGGUGUUUUAUAGUAAGGAGAGCUUAUCUACUGCUGCUGAGUGUGUAAAGGUGGCAAAAGAACACUGCAGCCAGCUCAGUGAGAUUGGUCUCGAUCUGACAUUCAUCAUUCACGCCCUACUAGUGAAGGAUAUCAAAGGUGCUUUGCAGAGCUGCAAAGAUAUCAUAAUUGAGGCCACAAAGCAUCGUAAUUCUGAAGAGAUGUGGAGGAAAAUGAACCUGAUGACCCCGGAAGCUCUAGGAAAGCUUAGAGAGGAGAUGAGAAGCUGUGGCGUGACCAAUUUCGAUCAGUACACUGGUGAUGACUGCUGGGUGAAUCUUAGCUACACUGUUGUGGCUUUCACCAAACAGACCAUGUUCUUCUUGGAGGAAGCUCUCAAACUCUACUUUCCAGAGCUGCAUAUGGUUUUGCUGGAAAGUCUGGUGGAGAUAAUCCUUGUAGCUGUCCAGCAUGUUGAUUACAGUUUACGGUGUGAACAGGACCCUGAAAAGAAAGCAUUCAUCAGGCAAAAUGCAUCUUUUCUUUAUGAAACUGUCCUUCCUGUUGUGGAGAAGAGGUUUGAGGAAGGAGUUGGGAAACCAGCUAAGCAACUGCAAGAGCUGAGAAAUGCUUCAAGACUGAUGCGUGUUAAUCCUGAAAGUACUACCUCUGUGGUGUGAAAUGCAGUGCCUGCAUCCUUCUCACAUCAAAUGUUUUAUGUAUGCCUAAUAUCUGUUUAUAUAGGUAUGUGCACAAACUGUUUUUGAACUCCUCACAGCAACCUAAUCCUAGAACACUAGUUUUAGCUAAUUAUGCCCUGAAAACAAACCGGAAGGCAAACCAAAAAAGAGAAGAAUUAAAGCAAGUACAGGUUAGAAAGACACACAUGACACAUUCCCUCCAAAGGUCUGGUUGUGGCAUUUUAGAUUAUGGAGGACAACUGAAGACAUAAUGCAUUUUGCUCCAAAAGCUAAUAUUUAAAUGAAUUGUUUAAAUAGAAUUGGUAUGAUCAAGACUAAUUUUUGAUAAGUAUUAGCUGCCUCUGUAGGAGUGGAAAUGAUGGGAUACAGUGAUUCCAUUAUAUUGGCCUUCAGAAGAAACAGCAGUUUGGGAAACAGAAAGCAUAAUUUCUUCUUAGAUGACUUGUAAAGAGAUGUAAAAGCUACAGCAAAUACUUGAUCUCAAAAGGACCCAGCUUAAAAUGUCUUUUGAAAAUUAAACUUGACAAGAUCUGGGAAUUCAGUCUUUCAAGUAAUUUUUUCAGUGUGUUAAGAAUCAUAGCAACAAUAAAUGCUAGUAUAAUUGUAAAGGACUGCAAUCAAAA